GCCUCGUAGCGUUGCUCUUCACGAAAGCGCGUUAUUGUUACGAUGCUUCGAGAAUUUUAGUCGCCUAUAAAUAAAGUACGGCGACCCGCAGCUGCGUUGGCCUCUCCUCUUUUCUCUCCCCACCGUUUCCCUACCCUCCGAGGCUCCGACAACAAGAUGACUACUUCAAGACGCCUACCAGACAGAAAAGUUGCAAAAUUUCAGAAAAAUAUAAUGAAGAGGGGGUCUGUUCCUGAGACAAUGGUUAAAAAGGGAAAUGACUAUCCUGUUGGGCCAAUUCUGCUUGGGUUUUUUGUCUUUGUGGUCAUUGGAUCAUCUAUAUUUCAGAUAAUCAGGACUGCUACGAGCGGGGGGAUGGCUUAAAGCAAAUGACGGAUAAACUCCUGCUCACGUUGGUGAUUGAUAGUCCAAAUUUUAACCUAAUGUAAGUUCUAUAUGUAAAGAAAUGUUAGGGAGAAGCUUUGCGAUGUCGUCCUGUUUACGUUCCUGACAAUAUCAGGUUUGGAUAAAAUAAUAAAAGGUGCCUUUCCACUCCA